CCCCAUCCCCCAAUGUCCCUUCUCUCAUUCCUAGCUACUUGCGCCCACCUCUCCCCUUAAUUUCCCUAUCACACACGUACCUCUAACUCUUACAAUUAUAUCAACACCUUUUGUUUCUUAGUACUUUGUCACACACAUGUCAUAUUAUAUAUAUACACGACCAUGAUGUACGUUGGAGAGCAAGCCUAGGAAUAUUAAAGUUGUAGCAAAAAUCAUGAAUGUCAAUAGCCCACAAGAUUGGCCUGAGCCAAUUGUUCGGGUUCAGUCCUUGUCCCAAACCUGCAUAGAUUCAAUCCCCGAGAGGUAUAUCAAGCCCCCUAGUGACCGUCCAUCUCCUCAACUUCAUGCUGAUGAUGCCAAUAUCCCAGUUAUUGACCUUUCGGGUCUUUAUGGUGACCCUGAUGCACGAGCCUCCACUCUCACCCAAAUCUCUCAGGCUUGUAAUGACUGGGGUUUCUUCCAAAUAGUCAACCAUGGUGUUAGCCACGACUUGAUGGACAUGGCUAGGGAAACUUGGCGCCAGUUUUUUCACUUGCCUUCGGAGCUCAAACAGCAAUAUGCAAACUCCCCAAAAACUUAUGAGGGCUAUGGUAGCAGGCUUGGAGUUGAGAAAGGUGCCAUUCUUGAUUGGAGUGAUUACUAUUUUCUUCAUUACCUUCCCUUGCCAUUGAAGAACUACAGCAAAUGGCCCACUCACCCUCCCUCUUGCAGGGAAGUGUGUGAUGAGUAUGGGAGAGAGGGGGUGAAGUUAUGUGGGAGGUUGAUGAAGGUUCUGUCCAUAAACCUUGGAUUGGAAGAGGAUUUUCUUCAGAAAUCAUUUGGAGGAGAAGAUAUUGGAGCGUGCCUGAGGGUGAAUUUUUACCCUAAGUGUCCACGGCCAGAGUUGACGUUGGGUUUGUCAUCGCACUCAGAUCCAGGUGGCAUGACACUCUUACUUUCAGAUGACCAAGUCCCUGGUCUUCAAGUCCGCAAAGGUGACAAUUGGAUCACCGUGAAGCCUCUUCCCCAUGCCUUUAUUGUCAAUAUUGGAGACCAAAUUCAGGUUGUAAGCAAUGCAAACUACAAGAGUGUGGAGCACAGGGUGGUAGUGAAUUCAAAUAAAGAGAGAGUUUCCCUAGCCUUCUUCUACAAUCCCAAAAGUAACAUACCCAUUGGGCCAGCAAAGGAGCUGGUAAAGCCAGACAAACCUCCACUCUACACGGCCAUGACCUUCGAUGAAUACAGGCUCUUCAUAAGAUUGAGAGGACCAUGUGGAAAAUCUCACGUCGAAUCUUUAAAAUCUCCAAGAUGAUCGAUUCAUGUUCAGAUAAUUAAUCGUCCACCAAACAAUCUCUGUCGUUCAUAUUCAGAUAAUGUAAAUCUUGUACCUAGUCUUGUACUUGUCAAAACAAUUUGCCUAUUAUUAGUUAAGCCACAAAACGAGGGACCAUGAUUGGAUAUUUAUAUAGAUAUAUGAAAUUGAUGUGAAAAUAAACUAUUUAUGCUAUAUAUCUUCUUCCAGAUUGUAAUGGCUAAAUUUGGGUGGUCCACAAAGAUCAUUCCUAGUUGAAUAAUUAUUAGAGAUUUGUGUCCCCACAUUCCCAACAGAUGACGGUCGCAUAAUUUUAGGGGGCAAUAUAUGUAUUCUGUGUAUCUACUGUGUAUUAUGAUGCGAUGCUAGACAAGCCUGCUUCAAAUUCAAUGCACUAUAUAUUAAUUAUUGAACUCCA